CAAGAGCUCAGAGUUACAGACCUGUCCACUGAGGAGAAACAGAAGGAGAGGGGAGGGCAUAAGAAGAAGAAGAGACACCUGAGAAAGAGUGAGACAAAAUAAGAAAGAAACUCAUCAAUAGGAAAUUGGGAGUUAGUAAAUUAUUAAAGGAGCUGAGAAAUAAAUCGAGAAGGAAGACAGGAGAAAGUGUUUCUUCAAAGAGAGAAUUUAAAGUAACCUUCUGAUCCAUCUCUGAGGAAGGACAGAUUCCAGAAUGUUCCUCUUUCUCCUGUUGUGUACGUCCGGUCUUCUGCUGCGAGGGGACGCUCAGGACCGAGCUGCUCUGUGGAGGGGGAAUGAUCGCAGUGGACGAUGCCAGUACACCUUCAAUGUACCCAGCCCCACAGAGGCCAGCUGCCCGCAGACUGGAGGCCCCGAAGUGGAGGGCUUAAAGGCUAGACUCAGCCUGCUGGAGGUGCUGGUGUCCAGGCUGACUGGAGGGGACACUGGGGGUCCUCAAGGGGCCACAGCUAGAGAUCAGACUGAGCUUCAUAAGUCACUGAACCGGGUCACGGGGGAGAGGAACCUACUGCAGGGGGAGAAGGAGCGUCUGGAGCAGGAGUUGCUGGGGCUUCAGCGCAGGAUGGAGGAGAUGAGGAGGGAGACGGAGAGGCUGAGGAACAAACCCUUGUCCUCUGCAUACCCCUGCGGUGCCGCCGAACCCCCCUCUCAGGACAGUGGCCUUGCAAGACCUGCUGGGGGUUCCAGGCCGUCGCACCUGAUCACCAGGCCCAACAGGCAGGGGGACAGCAGCAGUUUGAGAGACUCAGCAUGGGAGAUUGGACCUCAAGGUUUCCAGGAGCUAAAGGCCGAGGUGACGGAGGUCCCCGCUCCAGACGGAUCUGAGGAAAACACAGGUUGUGGGGAUUUGAUCUCAGUUGGUGAGCCUGUCACUCACAGGAAGGCAGACACCAUAGCUGGUAAAUAUGGAGUUUGGAUGCAGGACCCUGAGGCUGUCUCCCCAUAUGGACCCAACAUGAUCUGGCGCAUCGACACCAUAGGCUCUGACGUCAGGCAGCUGUAUGGAUAUGAAGACAUGGAACAACUCACUAAAGGCUUUCCAUCCAAGGUCCUGCUGCUGCCGGAGCUGGUGGAGAGCACUGGUUCCACUCUGUACCGGGGCUCUCUGUACUAUCAGAGACGUCGUAGUCGUUCCCUGAUCCGCUUCGACCUGGCCUCAGAGAGCAUCGCAGCCCGCCGUGACCUCCCCCACGCUGGCUUCCACGGCCAGUUCCCCUACUCAUGGGGCGGAUACACGGACAUCGACCUGUCUGUGGAUGAGCAGGGUCUUUGGGCCGUCUACUCCAGCAGCAAAGCCAAAGGAGCCAUCGUGAUCUCUCAGCUGGACCCAAACAGUCUGGAGGUGAAGAAGAGCUGGGAGACCAACAUCAGGAAGAACUCGGUGUCAAACUCCUUCAUCAUCUGCGGCAAGCUGUACACCGUGGCCAGCUACACGUCCCCCGACACCAUCAUUAACUACAUGUAUGACACUAGAACCAGCCAGGGGAAGUCCGUGGCCAUUCCCUUCAAGAACAAGUACCGCUACAACAGCAUGAUCGACUAUAACCUGGCUCAGAGGAAGCUGUUUGCCUGGGACAACUUCCACAUGGUGUCCUACGACCUAAGGCUGGGCCGCCAGGAGUGACUGAAUUAAAAAAGUGACAUUUGCUCUGUUUCUGCUUCAAAGACUCAGAGUUUUAGAGCAUAUUGUGUAUCUGGUAGUAGUAGUUACAGUCUAAUGCCAAAACCAUCUGUAUCAACGUGUAGAAGACCCUCCUACCAAAAAUGAAGACGUUUGAGGAACUCCCCAGGUGGGCUUUUGCUGUGGAACGGCCCACAGUUAUGUUUUUAGAGGAAUUAUUUUUGUACCGCCUUUAAUUCAGAUGUAUUAUUUUGUUGUUUUCUUGAUAAGCUUUAUAUAUUUGAGGACUGAAAGAUGAUAUCUAAUACACACAUACACUCCCUGUUUCCACCUGCCUAUAUAUUUUCCUUAAACUGCUCCCUCACUCAGCAUGUAUUGAAUAUUGCAUGUAUUGUACAAUGUAGUCAACAUAAUGACUUAAUGUUCAAAACCAUCAUGAAAUAAAGUUCCUAAAUUACCAA